AAGUUCCCCUGCUAAAUCAAUGGUGAUAUUUCAGUCCCUUUAACUCACCGACUGCCGUGCAAAUGGCCAAGGAGCAUGUGGAAAGGGAUUACGCUGUUGUAGGCAGCUGGGAAGACACGAAUAUAACCCUGACCGUCCUUGAGCAGUAUAUUCCAAGAUUCUUUCGUGGUGCCAAGCUCAUGUAUGAAAUGCACAAUAACAAGAUCACCAAUCGGAAUAAGAACAAACGGAAGCCAUUUAUAGAGCCGGAAGUCAAGGAGAUGAUUCGCAAGAACUUUACUAACGAGUACGAGUUUUACUACUUCUGCAAGCAACGCUUGUACAAACAGUAUUUGGCUCUCAAUCUGAAAGAGUUGGAGAAGCACGGUCUUUUAAACUAAUUAAAGGAGUAUCUUCCGCCCCCUAGAAUGUAGUAGAUGAUAUUUUUGAGAACAAACCUUUACAUUUCAAUAAAUCGUAGUUAGUGAAAUCAUAGACUAGACCCACACUGCCUUUACACGUUGAACCCAUUUAUCUGUGUCCCAUCGAUUGUUUUGUGGCAUGAAUCCCUUCCAUGAAGCUUCUAAAACCCUUAUCCCAUA